CACAUUCCUCAUUAAAAACUUAUUAACUUAACUUAUAAAUUUUUUUGUUUGGAGUUUUGUUCUCGUUGAGAAAAAGAGAAUUAAGAUUGCAGCAUGCGCUAUUUGUCGCGUUUGUUGUUUCAUACUUUGCUAAAAACUGGAAGACAAUAUCGCUUGAAUGAAAUCUUAAAAAGACGUGCAUCUUGUUGUAAUAUAUAUUGCAGAAACUUCAGUGACAGGCAAGGUGCAAGAAACAGACUACCAGAAAUUCAAAUUGAUUGUUCAGUAACUGUGUCAGAGCUUGCAAAGUGUGUUGGUGUUUCGACCGAAGAAAUUUUGAACUUUGCGAGAGAUGCAGGAGAGAAGAUUAGCAGAGGACACAAAACAGUUCUCAGAUCAGAAGUUGCAGAAUUAGUACUUUUGGAAUAUGGCUUUUCUGCAAGAUACUUGACAAAGAAUUUGAUGUUUCACCAAGGGAGCCAUGUAAAGAUAUGCACUUUCUAAAACCAAGAGCACCUGUUGUGACAAUAAUGGGUCAUGUUGAUCAUGGAAAGACCACAUUGCUUGACACAUUGAGAAAAACAUCUGUAGUUUCAACAGAGGCUGGUGGAAUAACACAACAUAUUGGUGCUUUCUCAGUCAAACUCCAGAAUGGAUCAUAUAUUACUUUUAUUGAUACGCCGGGGCACGCAGCGUUCGAAAAAAUGCGUGCGAGAGGUGCUCACGUGACCGAUGUCAUUGUGUUAGUGGUUGCAGCAGAUGAUGGUGUCAUGCCUCAAACUAUUGAAUGUAUCAACCAUGCAAAUGACGCCAAUGUUCCUGUGAUUGUUGCCAUUAACAAGAUCGACGUUGGACGUAAAGCAAAUGUGUCGAGAGUGAAAGAGCAACUUCUUGGACUUGGUCUGCAAUUGGAAGAAUUUGGCGGCGAUGUUCAAGCUGUGGAAAUAUCUUCUUUGACAGGCUUAAACAUUGAACUAUUGACUGAAGCCAUAAGCACUCAUAGUGAAAUUGCUAUAUUACGGGCUGAUUUCACUGGGCCUGCAGAAGGAGUCAUUUUGGAAUCAAGAAAAGAAAAAGGAAGAGGUGGGAUUACGACUCUUCUAGUUCAACGAGGUGUUUUACGGCAAGGCUCAGUGGUUGUCGCUGGGUCCUGUUAUGGAAAGGUUCGUCAAUUAUUAAAUGACGCUGGAAAACCUGUUUCAGAAGCUGUUCCCUCAACUCCUGUUCAGGUUUUGGGUUGGAAGUCAAUUCCUGAUGCUGGGGAGAUUUUACUUGAAGUGGAAUCUGAGAACAUUGCAAAUAAAGUCGUAAACUAUCGUAAGAAUAAACAGAAGAAUUUGAAAACGUCGAAACGAAGUUUGUCAGAGAUGACGGAUGAUUUGGAAGUUAUGAUGAAAAAUUUCAGUAAAACUUACGAUGAUUCAGAUAGAUUAGACAUUAUCAUCAAAGGUGAUGUGAAUGGUUCUCUUGAGGCCAUACUUGAUGCUAUCAAAACAUAUAAAGUUCAGAAACCAAAACUAUCUAUCUUAUCUGCUGCUAUCGGACCUGUCACGGAGAAUGAUAUUCGACUUUUGGAACCAUUUAAAGGAAUGUUGUUCUGUUUCAACGUUAGUAUUUCGAAAGAUCUUCAAAAACUCGCACAAAAGUUGGAAGUGAAAGUCUAUACAGGACAAGUUAUUUAUCAUUUACUCCAAUCUCUCAAGGAUGAAAUGUCGCUCAAAUUACCUUUAGUUAGUGAAGACAUUCCUGUUGGCGAGGCAACUGUUUUACAAGUAUUUCACCUUAGUGGUAAAAGGAAAGCUUCUGUUGCUGGAUGUCGGGUAAAGCAGGGUCAGUUGAAAAAGAAGGAAAUGUAUCGCGUGUAUAGAAAUAGUAACGUAAUAUUUGAAGGUCAUCUGUCUAGUAUGAAACGAGGCGAUGACGACACUGACUUAGCAAAGAAGGAGACAGAAUGUGGUUUGUGUUUUGCUAACUUUCGUGAUAUUCAGGAAGGAGAUAGAGUGGAAUGUUUUAGUAGAACUUGGAAAAAACAAGAAGUUGAAUGGAAAUGGAAAUUUUAAUGACAAGUCAUCAAAAUUAUUACAAGAGAUUUUAUCUGGGGCAGCUUGCAUACAUGAAUUAUAGUUGCUGGAACAGAUGUUUCUGCACUUUGAAGGCGAAGGUAGUGAUGUUGCCUCUCGUGGCAGAAGUAGACUGAUGAAUAGCACCAAAGUUAGUAAACAACGAGAAGAAGUCAUCUUUGUCUAAAUCAAUAAUAUGAUGUUAUUUACGGUUGUGUUACGAAAAUUUGAUCUGCUACUUUAUAUGGGUACAAAAUUUCAUCAAAAUGCCAGAGUAAAUUGGCCAUUUUCUCUUUUUCUUUACAUCUUACUGUUACAUAUUGCUGAGCAUCUGACAAUUAUUAGUGGAAUUGAUUAUUAUCUUCAAAUAUCUCUGAAACAAGCUUUCCAGCCUACCAUGAGCUAGAAGUUGCUACGUUUCUAUCAAUACUGCUAUGUACGUUGCACUUUAAGAUGAAAUCGAGCGCUAAAGUUAUCAUAAAAUUGAAUUUUUACAACACAUGCAUGAAGUGAUCAUAUAUAUAUGUGUGUGUAGUGUUGAAACAUGUUAGAAUACCUGCACGGUACAAAACUCAUCUAGACAACAAUACUGUUCUGUAGUUGUGAAAAACGUGUCUCGUUCAUUUCAUUUUUUAAUGUCAGCAAGUCGAAAGAACAGAAGCCAAAAAAGCAAUUCUAAAUGUCUGUGAAAUUAAUUUAAUUUCAAUAAAAUGUCAUCAGUGCCAUGUA